AUGAAUGAAGUUAGGGAAGAGACCUCUGUAGAUACUGGGGGCUCUCAAAAAAGGUACAAGGAAAGAAAAGGAGUGGACGGAGUUAGUGGGAGAAGUAGACUCGCAGAAGGUAAGGAGGAGCACUCUACUGACCAAUCUAAAAAGCUUAAAAAAACGGAGAGGGAGAAACAGUUGGCAACAAAAAAGAAGGUUGAAAAGAAGACAAAGGCUGCUGCAGCAAAGGUGGCUUUAGAACAGGCAAAUGAGAGCUUUUCUCUAAAUUCUGGUAAAAAUAGCACCAGAAAAAUCACAACACAGUCCAGGAAAAAGAGUGUGGGGCCUUCAGAUUCUUCCAGCACAUCGUCUGACAGUGACAGCAGUGAAUUAAAGCAAAAUAAAUCUUCCCAUAAACCCGUAGUGUCAACGCUUCCCAAAGACAAAUCCCAAGCUGCUGCACAUUCUGAAGUGAAAACUGUUGUUUCUAAUAAAGUGACUGUAAAGUCUAAAGCUGAAAAGUCCACUAAGACUGCAAUUAGUGAAAAUGCUAGAAAAUCCCAGUCCUCUAGUUCAGAUUCUGACUCGAGUACGGAGGAUGAGAAAGCGGCACCAGCACAAGACAGUACUGCAAAGGAAAAGUUGCUGCCUAACAACGCGGCAGCUGUAAAAACCAGUACCGCCAAGGCCUCCUCUUCAGAGUCUGACAGUUCAGAUUCAGAAACACUUGUUAUUAAAAAACCCGCAGCAAAUGCUGGACUGAGUAAUUCCGUAGUAAGGAACUGUACUAAGCAGUUGCCAGCCAGUGUUCAAGGACCACUUGCCAGCCCAGGCCGCGGAAGGGGGCGUGGAACAGGAGGGGAUAACUUCUGGAGAGGACCUAGCGGCCGUGGGUUUCGUGGGAUGAUGAGGGGCCAAGGCCGUGGGAGAGGAGCAAACCCUGGCUUCUUCUAUAACUACAGCAGUGAAGGCCAGAAACAGAGGCAGUUAAAUGAAGCUGCGACGAACACUUCUGUUCUUGUCCAGAAUCCUCUGGAGGCCCCCAAGAGGGACUACAGUGUGUUACCUCUUCUAGCUGCCCCACCACAAGUGGGAGAAAGAAUUGCCUUUAAGCGCUUGGAACUAACUGAAAAUUACAGUCCUGAAGUUUCAGACUAUAAGGAGGGGAAAAUAAUCAGUUGGAAUGCUGAUAAAAAGCAGAUCGAGCUUGAGAUCCUUUCGUCGUCAGCAGGACAGUUCGCUAAAGAGCCAGGGAAAUUUGAUCUGGUUUACCAGUCUGCAGAUGGAGUGGAAUUGAUAGAGUACGCGGUUCCUCAGGAUACAAAGAUAACUGAAAGUUGGGAUGCACUGAUAGAGCCAAGACUGAUUGUCGAGCCUCCAGUUAACGGAUCCAGCGUUGAAAGUGGAACGGUCUAA